GUUUCUUGUUUUGUGAUUAAGUUGAUCCUGUGAUCUCCGAGUUAUCGUCUCGUUUUCCCUUUCCCGUCACCUUAAAACUGCAGCUGCUUCAUACUUGGCACCUCAGACGGGGAAGUUUGCUAGAAGUGAGGGAGGGCAGGAAAUACUUCCUACGAGGACCAAUGCCCGUCCAGGAUCUCCUCAGACAGGAAAUAUAGAAGUUAAAACUGCAAGUGCACUUGUCAAUCGUCGCUUUUGCCGCUGUUAUUGUACUACAUGUAUUAUUAUAUAUUAUAACUGGUCCCAUUUCAUGCGCGACGUUCUUGACAUAAAUAAUAAUUUUACUGUCAAUGUCAUAUCAAGUGAUCCCAGCAUUUUACGGUGUCCCCAGUCUUUUUGACAGUUAACUCAACUUUCAGCUGGUCAAGUGGAGAGCGAGACUUCACACGGUAAAUUCGGGGCAUUGCUUGACACAUUCGUUACUUGUUUUUCCACGAGUCAUUUCUGUUAUUUGAAAUUUGCUGCCGUUUCUUGUUUCCCCUUUCCUGUAUUAGCUGCUGCGAUGAAACUAGUAAUGCGAGUAAAAGUUCAGUGUCACGUGAUCACUUUAAAAGUCACGUGAAACAAGGACAUCGUGUCAGGUGACCAGGAUAUCAUCAAGCAUUUCUCGGCUUCCUCUCCGAGCUAUCCCUGACGUAGUCCCACACGGUCACCUGACUUAAAUCCUGCCUUUUCAUUGGUCCACGCCAGAUUCUCUUCACUCCCAUUGGUCGCCGCACCAAUCGGAUUUUGCCAUGCAUGACAGCACUCUUUCCUCCUGACCAGGUGACACAAACACUCCACUCCGAUUGGUUGUUUACUGAAACUCGACGCGUUCAUUGGUCGGCGGUGAGGUCAGCAUGCUGUACGUUGAAGGCAAGCCUGCUUGUCGACCCUCUAUACGUCCUGUCGCUCUCACCACGAGAGAAAAGAGGCGUGUUCCUUCACUAGCUCGGAGCUUCUAGGAAGUUGUCAUUCUGCAUCUGCUUGCUGCUUACGUUCUCUUAUCAUACGUGCACUUGUUUUUAUUUUGCGUUAGACACGUUUAAUCUUGCAGUCACUUUCGUGGGAACAGAGAAGUGGCCUUGGUUUGCACCGCGCCUGCGGGGAUCCGUGAUAUUGAUGAGACUAUUUUCCAAUUAUUCUAGAAUAGUAUUUUUCAGUUCGCAUGAUCGCUAUCUUAAAACAUGACGUUUUUGUGCAGCUUUAUAUUUCCCGGUUUCUAACUCGGUGCGGAGUUGUUAAUCGGAUUAAGCAGAAUAGGUUACAAUCUCCGGACGCUAAGUGCAGUCUGCAGUCUGCAAGCCUAAACCUACUGUGUAUAAAGAUUUGUUUACGUAAUGUUUUCGGUUUUGGGUUGGCAUUGCGGUCCCCAGCAAUACCAUAAUCUCAUUUACCUUGUAAGUUUCUUAUCACCUGUAAACACCACGAAAUACAAAUCAGUAUCCAUGACCUAACCAAAUCUCUUUCUUUUAGGCUCACAUGACGCAAUUAGUGAAAACAGAACCAGGGUCGACCCUGCCGAGUCUCAUUAAAUCCGAACCAGACUUAGCCAACACUUUGUCUGACGAUGCCAUCAGUUCCCUGCUCAAGACACUAAUGACCCUUAACCCGGCCGUUAAAUCCAACCUAAUUCAGUCCAUACUCUCAGCUGGGGCUGGUCCAGAUUUCAACUCUGACGCUGGGUAUAACAUUUCGUCGCCCCUUACUUCCCAGCCUCCUGUAACCAUGGCAACCACCACUCCGACAAAGAUAAUCCCAGCUCUGAGAAUGCCAAUCCCCUCCUCCAGCCCUGUUCUGGUGCCUACUUCCAUGUUGGGUCACAGGUCGGUGGGUAACAUGAUCUCUACCUCCCACAACCCCUACAUGUCAUCCCCAACCCUUCAGAUCCACAACUCUCACAUUGUAAACGUCUCCAGCCCUUCUAACCAGCCUCUCUCUACCUCUCUACCUCAGCUUAUACCCGUCACAUCAGAUUUCAGUUCGCUGGUCGCCGCCCCAGCUUCAACCUCAGUCAUGAACAGUGGUAACCACACCUCCGGUAACCAUGGCAACUAUACCUCAGUGUAUUCAGACUACAGAACGACACCAGUGUGUACCAGUCAGAUCAGCAUGGUUUCAAAUAUCUUGAACAACAACUCCUUUAUUACUACUAAUUCGAGUCAGCAGCUCCAGACCUCCCCAAUUGAUCGCAGUUCUACAGAUUCAGAAGAGUUGAACAUGCAAGCCAGGAAACUAGCCGACCAGCUGGCAGCAGUCAGAUCCCGACUACUUCUCAGCAGUUUCGAGACAUCCGGCACUAACAACCAGUACCUCUCUCAGCUCGUCAAGCUUGAGCAGCUGAUCCACGUGUUACAAGAAGCCGUGGCACAGCGCCAAGUGCGCGCAGUGCAACCCAGCAUAAUCCUGGGAGGAGCGCGCUGUGCAGAGGAACAGACAGGGAACUUCAACAUGUACCAGUCAGGGUAUGAUGGUGUAGGAGUCAAGAGGAAGACCAGUCCUAAGGCUCAGCCGAAAUCGGGCAAGAAGAUUAAACACUCUGGAGGAAGUCACGGUAUCCAGUUGUGGCAGUUCAUUCUGGAGCUUCUCGGGGACAGAGAACAACGCCCAGUCCUAGCCUGGACAGGAAACGGACUCGAAUUCAGAAUCAUCAACUCCGUCGAGCUGGCCAGACUUUGGGGGAUCCGAAAACGUAACCCUAUCAUGAACUUCGACAAACUCUCCCGAGCCUUGAGGUACUACUACGAGAAGAACAUUAUCAAGCAUAACCCCAUGCAUAGACUAGUGUAUAGUUUCUGUAAUAAUCCCGAUGAUGUGGUCUACAAUGCCCUGUUGAACCGAGCCUUGUCAACGUGCCCGAUCGACCCGGAGAUGGCAAAACAGCAGGUCGGUACCUCUCCAUAUCAGUGGCAGGACAAUCUUAACAAAGUGCCCAGUUCCAUUAAAGUUACCUUGCAGGCUGUCAGAAAUAAAAUGAGUGGUAUGGUUGAAGAAGAGAAGUUUCCUCUAUCAGUUAAUAAUAGUUAAAGAAACAUUGUUUGAGUUUAUUUGAAGUUGUUAGAAAUUGUUUAGAAAUUGUUAAUAUUAUCAGUAAUCUAAUCUCUAUUUGAUGCAUGUGCUAAUAAUACUGUUGAAAAUUUGUUGAAAUGAUAUAAUGAGUUUUAUGCUUUUCUUCGUUAGUCAAUAGAA